GAGUAACAUCUAAAAGGAAGCACAUGACCGCAUUUCCAGCGGAAGUCAGUUUGUUUGGGUCGCGCCGUUAGACCGUGCAGACUCGAACGGACAGCGUCGGCCCGUUGGUGUCGGCAUGUUGGAGAUACCCUAAGAGGGGUUGGACCAGCGCUGAUGGAUGCUGCUCUGAAUGUGCAGAGAAUUACAAAGGCAGACUGAUGAAGAUCAAUUUCACCUACCUGACUGGGUGUAAGAAAAGAGUAGUGAGAUGGAUGGCACACGGUGUCCAAUUAGUCGCCGGGCGGCUUUAGCAGAACAUGAGUCGUGGUCGGUUAAAUAGGUCGAGCUGUUUGAGUCGUUUGCGGCUGGAAAUAGGAUUGACAGUCAACCUCUCGCAGCGUCUCUAGAGCUGGACCUCGCUCCGGACUCCUGUCCGGUCCUUGCUCAACCUGACGCCGGCGGGUCCUAGUCGAACUAUUACAAGUAGCGCCGCCUAGGAAAUAAAACGCUGUAGACAAACAUCCUGAUUAGAUAAACCCUUCCGAGAUUGGCCCGAUCUCGUCGACGAUCCUGCCUCUUCUUCCUGCAACGGCAACAUGUCAGAAAUCGAGGAGGAGAGCAACAGGUUCCCGCCGGGAUUCCGGUUCACGCCGACGGACGAUGAGCUGAUCGAGUACUACCUCCUCCCCCGGCUGCAGGGCAGGCCGCACGUGCCCACCGACGCCAUCAUCGAGGACUACGUCUACCGCUACCACCCGGACCAACUGCUUCUCAACGGAGACUACAAGAACAGGGACCAUGGCGGCUGCUGGUACUUCCUGUCUUCCAGGCUUCGCAAGUACGAGAACGGCGACAGGCCGUCCCGGUGCACCGAGGACGGCCGCGGGCGGUGGAAGACGUCGACGGGCACCAACUCGGGGGUCACCCGCGGCAAAAUCAAGUACUCCUACUCCGUCCUCAACUACUUCGAGGGAACCAACUACAAGGAGGAGGACAAGGGCGAGUGGCUGAUGCGCGAGAUCACCAUCCCGGAGUACGAAAACAAGCUCGACGGCAGCUCUAAAAGAAGGAAGACGCUGGACGAAUUCGUCGUGUGCAAGAUUUACCUGACGAAAGAGGGAAGGAAGAACAAAAACAAGGCCGCCGCCGACGACGAUGAAGACGAGGCCGGUCCCAGCGGCACGAGCGAAGAAACCUGUCCAGCAGCCACGUCGCAGCCAUUGCCGGAGGAGACGGGCCACCAAAAAGAGGCGAAACCGAAAAUCUCGAAGCGACGGAAGCGCGAGAGGACCGUCCAGGUCGCUACGCCGCAGCAGGCUCUCCCGGCGCUGCCACCGGGCCGAUGCCUCGGACCACAAGCUGGGGGUCAAAGCCAGACACCGUCGAUAUGCGGAGGCGGCAUGAAAGCGCGUCCUGGAGCUACAGGCUACCACCACCACCACGGUGGAACCGGGCGGCAGAUGGUGUACAGCACACAUGCAUCAUUGCCGCCGCGGCCGCCGGUGGCAUUUACCGGCCACCAGGCGCCCGCGUACUGGGCUGCACCCGUUGCUUCCCCUGGCUGUUUUGGUCCGACACCGAUGGGACGCCAAUUGGGCCCUGCUGGCCAAUCGUUCACACCACCGCGGCCGGUGACCCUCCCGACGAACUAUCCAGCGAUGCAGGCGCAGCCGGAGACGGAAGAGAUGCGCGAGAGGCGGGUUUAUCAGCAACAUGUUAACGAACUGGCGAUGCAUCAUCAUCGCAUGAUGAUGCAGCAGCACCACCAACAACAACAGAAUGGCAAUACGGCUUACCCGGCGCAGCAACAGCGGCCGAUGCCCUUCAUGCAGCAGCAGCAGCAGCAGCAGCAGACACAAAAUGAAAAUGUGGCUCACCCGGCGCAGCAACAGCGGCCGAUGCCCUCCAUGCAGCAGCAGCAGCAGCAGCAGCCACCGUACUUUGGCCCUGGCUUCAACCGUCAGCAUGUGAGGCCCAUGGCCCCUCAGUUUCUGCCUCACAGCUAUCAUCAACGUGUCGAAGCUGGACAGCAGGUCCAGUGCAGUUCCGCCGUCGCAGACUUUGGCGCGACAACGACGACGACGGCCGAGACGGAGGUGGGGAGUGUUGUUGGAGCCACAAAGGAGGGGACACACGUCGUCAAGAACGAUGAGGAAACCUAACAAGGUGCUGCCGCACGGAAGAACAGACCCGGCUGAUGCUGAUGACACUAGCUAGACAAAAAUUGAUUGUUGCAGGAAAAAAUGAUUUGCAACCGAAUGACUAGUUUUUUUUAAAACAAAUGUUUAACUAAGAUAAAUUAACUUGCCUAAACAUCUUAUACUAGUAUUAGUAUUAUUUUUAGAUGCAAAACAUCUUAUAUUUAGGAUCGAAUGAAGUACAGUUUGCAGUAGCCACUCGUCAAUAAUGUACACCCUUUUUAUUUCCAGAAAGGAUGGAGA